AUGUCCGCAUCGACGGCGAUGUCUGUGGGAGCUUCAAGCUCCUGGUCAAAGGCGAUGCUCCAUAUCUCACCUUACACCUUCUCUGCCGUCGGCAUCGCCAUUGCUAUCGGCGUCUCUGUUCUCGGCGCUGCUUGGGGGAUUUACAUCACAGGAAGUAGUUUGAUCGGUGCUGCAAUCAAAGCUCCUCGUAUCACUUCUAAGAACCUCAUUAGGUAA